AUGACCCAAACUGACAUCCCAGCCACCGAUCCAGCUGUCUACGAAGCCUACAAAGCCCAAUGGGCCUCGUUACCCGACACCGCUGAUGCCUGGCUAGCUCGGGCGCGUGAAGUAGCCACAGUCCUAAGCCAGGAUGCUGCGCAGCGCGAGCAAGAGAACAAAUCCCCACGGGCGGAAGUAGCUCUACUCAAACACUCUGGCCUUCUAAAACUACUCGGCCCCAAGAAAUACGGCGGAGGCGAACAGCCCUGGAGCGUGGGAUACAAGGCAAUCCGCGAGGUAGCCAAAGGAGAUGGUUCAAUCGGUAUGCUCCUAGGCUACCACCUCCUCUGGUCCACAACAGCCAACGUAGUCGGCACCCCCUCGCAAGCCGACCGCAUCCACCAGUGGAUAAUCACAAACAACUACUUUGUCGGCGGGGCCGUCAACCCCCGCGAUAGCGAUCUAUCCAUCACUUCCGAUGGAGAGGACAUCAUCUUCAACGGGGCCAAAUUCUUCAACACGGGAGGCGUCGUCUCCGACCUCACUGUCCUAGAAGGUGUCCUCGAAGGUACAGGCGAGCACAUCUUCGCGCUCGUCGAGACCCGUCAGGCGGGGAUCAAGUUCGCCCAUAACUGGAAUAACAUUGGUCUACGAUUGACGGAGUCCGGAGGGGUCAAGAUAGAGAAUGUGCGUGCGCCGUGGAAAGAUGCAUUGGGAUGGGACGAUGUGUCGAAGAGGCCGCGCGAGGAGGUUCUGGGUGUGCCGUUUGCGAGUUUGAUCCAACUCGUUUUCAGCAACUUCUACCUCGGCAUCGCUCAAGGCGCACUAGCCUUCGCAUCACAAUACACCGUCAGCACGACCCGCCCAUGGCCCUUCGGCGGGGACAACAAGCCCUCCGCGACAGAAGAGUUCUACAUUCUCGAGCGAUACGGGAACUUCUUCGCGCAUCUCCGCGCGGCCGAGGCGCUGGCCGAUCGGGCUGGAGAGGAGAUUUCGUCCUUGUAUCGAGAGCAUGCGGAUAAUCGGCCUGGAUUGACGGCCAGGCAACGGGGUGAGUUGGCCGAGUGGAUUGCCAGUGUCAAGGUGGUUACCACGGAUGUUGGGUUGAGGGUAACGUCUGGUAUCUUUGAGGUUACUGGUGCCAGGGCGACAGCGGUGAAGGUCGGGUUGGAUCGGUUUUGGCGUGAUAUUCGGACGCAUACGCUGCAUGAUCCGGUGGCGUAUAAGAAUCGCGAGCUGGGGAGAUAUGCUUUGUUGGGUGAGGUGCCAGAGCCGACGUGGUAUACUUAG